GGGGUGACGGAAGACCUACUUUGGCACAUCGCAUUCUAGGAGAAUAUAUGGACUCUUUCAAUCCUGUUAAGAGGGAUCAAUAAUGUCACUUCAUGAAAGUGUGUGCGAGCAUUCGUACUUUGUGUUUGUCAUCCGCGCUAAAAAAAGGUGGAGAAACUGGGCGUAGAUGAUGGACCUAAGGGAAGGUACGACCUAGAGUUCUGGUGCUAUUCCAUCAAUACUUCGUCGUGGUGGCCAGAAUCGCGGUAUCAGGAAGAUUACACGGUUAACUGUGGAGAUGCUCUGAGCAAGGUACCCGAUCAUCAAAUGUGACGGGAAGUACCGGUAAACAAAGAGAAAGAUAGGCAGUAGUAGGGGAAAAACAACCAUGAAGCAAAAGAGAAAUGGGGUGUAGGACAAGAGAAGCUUCACCCCAGUUUCGGAGGGUGUGUUGCUCUUGUAGCUGAGAGCUCUCGGUGGCCUGCAACCUGACCUUCGUUCCGAAACGGGUUACAUUCAACAAGGUCGAAGGAGGCCUUACAGACCACGCAACUGCCGAACUCACUCGUUUGAGUCGACUUAAUCUCUUGGAACCGACUGGAAGGCAAGAUUCAAUAUCUAGUUUGUGCGUUAGAAGGUCAGAAGGCGGUGCAGCAGCUUCCAGAUCUUCACUUUACUUGUAGCUUGCAACUUGUUGCGAGAGAAGACGGGGUUGGAAUUUACGAAGAGGGCAGUGGAGACCGAGAGGUUGUGCAAAGAUGGCCGCUUCUGGAUCUGGCACGAAGUCUGAGGAUGUUCCUCCAGCUCCGGAAGGGAAAGGGACAAAGAGGGACUUCACAACUGCAAUUCUUGAGCGGAAAAAGGCUACCAACCGCUUGGUUGUUGAUGAGGCAGUGAACGAUGACAACUCUGUUGUUGCUCUCAACACAGAGACGAUGGACAAAUUGCAGCUCUUUAGAGGUGACACAGUGCUCAUCAAAGGCAAGAAACGGAAGGACACCGUUUGCAUUGUGUUGGCGGAUGAGACUUGCGAGGAGCCAAAAAUCCGGAUGAACAAGGUCGUUCGAGCCAACCUUCGCGUGCGCCUUGGCGAUGUCGUCUCUGUGCACCAGUGUGCUGACGUGAAGUAUGGAAAGCGCAUUCACGUUUUACCUUUGGACGAUUCAGUUGAGGGUGUUACCGGCAACAUCUUUGAUGCGUAUCUUAAACCUUACUUUAUGGAGGCAUACCGACCAGUACGGAAAGGAGACCUGUUCCUCGUUCGCGGAGGGAUGAGGAGCAUAGAGUUCAAAGUCAUUGAGACUGACCCAGCUGAAUACUGUAUAGUGGCACCCGACACUGAAAUAUUCUGCGAGGGCGAGCCUGUGAAGCGGGAAGAUGAAGAACGCCUAAAUGAGGUCGGGUACGAUGAUGUUGGAGGAGUCCGUCGCCAGAUGGCACAGAUCAGAGAGCUUGUUGAACUUCCCUUACGCCACCCCCAGCUCUUCAAGUCUAUUGGAGUGAAGCCACCGAAAGGAAUCCUUCUUUUUGGUCCUCCUGGAUCUGGAAAGACUCUCAUUGCAAGAGCUGUGGCGAAUGAAACUGGAGCUUUUUUCUUUCUCAUCAACGGGCCUGAGAUUAUGUCAAAGCUGGCGGGAGAGAGUGAGAGCAACCUCAGGAAAGCUUUUGAGGAGGCCGAAAAGAAUGCGCCAGCCAUUAUUUUCAUUGAUGAGAUUGAUUCUAUUGCUCCUAAGAGGGAGAAGACUCAAGGAGAGGUUGAGCGGAGAAUUGUGUCUCAGUUGUUAACACUGAUGGAUGGUUUGAAGUCCCGUGCGCAUGUCAUUGUGAUGGGCGCCACCAACCGCCCCAACAGUAUAGAUCCUGCCCUACGUAGAUUUGGCCGAUUCGAUCGCGAAAUCGACAUUGGAGUCCCCGACGAAGUAGGCCGUUUGGAGGUGUUGCGUAUUCAUAGCAAAAACAUGAAGCUAGCUGAAGAUGUUGAUCUCGAGAAAGUCGCAAAGGAGACACAUGGUUUUGUCGGAGCAGAUCUUGCAGCUUUGGCUACCGAAGCAGCUCUCCAGUGUAUCAGGGAGAAAAUGGAUGUUAUUGACUUAGAGGAGGAUUCCAUUGAUGCUGAAAUUCUCAAUUCCAUGGCGGUCACAAAUGAGCACUUCCAAACUGCACUGGGUACAAGCAAUCCUUCUGCACUUCGAGAGACGGUUGUGGAGGUGCCCAAUGUCACCUGGGAAGAUGUCGGUGGUCUCGAUAACGUCAAGCGGGAGCUCCAAGAGACUGUGCAAUAUCCUGUGGAGCAUCCAGAGAAGUUCGAGAAGUUUGGUAUGUCACCUUCCAAGGGAGUGCUCUUUUAUGGACCACCUGGAUGUGGUAAGACGAUGCUCGCAAAGGCUAUUGCUAACGAGUGCCAAGCCAAUUUCAUCAGUGUCAAAGGUCCUGAGCUUUUGACCAUGUGGUUUGGAGAGAGCGAGGCUAAUGUCCGCGAAAUCUUUGACAAGGCCCGAGGUUCAGCUCCUUGUGUGCUCUUCUUUGACGAACUCGACUCUAUUGCUACUCAAAGAGGAGGCAGCGGCGGUGACGCUGGUGGUGCAGCAGAUCGUGUGCUCAACCAGCUGCUCACAGAGAUGGACGGCAUGAAUGCUAAGAAAACGGUCUUCAUUAUCGGCGCUACUAACCGGCCUGAUAUCAUCGAUUCUGCCCUGCUGCGACCAGGACGAUUGGACCAGCUGAUCUACAUCCCACUCCCCGAUGAAGCUUCCAGGCUUCGGAUUUUUCAAGCAUGCUUGCGCAAAUCACCUAUUGCUAAGGAAGUCGACCUGGAGGCUCUUGCCCGUCACACUCAGGGUUUCAGUGGUGCUGAUAUUACCGAGAUUUGUCAGCGAGCUUGCAAAUAUGCAAUCCGUGAAAAUAUUGAGAAGGAUAUUGAGAAGGAAAAGAAGAGGGCAGAGAAUCCUGAAGCAAUGGAAGAAGACGAGACUGAUGAAGUGUCAGAGAUUAAAGCUGCUCACUUUGAGGAGUCUAUGAAAUUCGCUCGCAGGAGUGUGAGUGAUGCCGACAUCCGCAAGUACCAAGCUUUUGCCCAAACGUUGCAACAGUCUAGAGGCUUCGGUUCAGAGUUCCGUUUCCCAGACCGACCUGCCACAGCUCCUGGAACCACUGCCAGUGCUGCUGUAGGUGGAGAGUCUGCGUUUGCUGCAGCUGCAGCUGAUGAAGACGAUUUGUAUAAUUAGGAGAUUCAGUUGCCAGUCCAUAAGUAGAGGGAGCUGGGGAGUCAAGGGUUUUAGUAGUUAACAUUUGUUUGUACAGACGAAUAUUGAGGGCAGGUGGCAUUUUUUCCUCGGUUCUCCUGCCUGGCUGCUUUCUUUACCCAAUGGGGUGCGAAUUCAAGGCAGGAACUUGAUUCCCAGAUUUUCACUCUUUUGGAUUUGUGUGUUUAGAUAAGUAGGCACUGUGUGAAUUCCAUUGAUUGCAUCAUUAAUCUUUAUCAAAGGGUA